CGCAUUUUUUCUUUCGGAUAUUACAACUAUUUUUAAGUUUAUCGUAUCAGCGGACCGUAAUAUUGAGCACAAAUGACUGAUUUCGUUCAGUUCAGAAUAAAAAGAGGUUACACUCAGUUAUCCGUGUAUACCACAGUGUUUCAGUGUUAACAGAUUGUCGGCCACUUAUGGAAUUGGAGGCGGAGCUUAGCGUGGAGGUUUAAAUCUCAGUGGCUUCGGGAUUUAAGCAUUCUGCAAUUUAAAUCUCGGCGGCCCUCAAGAUUGGAAAAUGUAAACAUGAGCCAGGAUGAGGAUUACUUUGGCAGUUAGUUUUCUGGUAACAUGCAUACGCUUUUCCCGCGAAAUACCCGUGAAGGUUAAAGACCGACUGGACGUUAACUUCACAGAAGGCGUCAACAUCAUCUCGCCCGGUUAUGAAAAUGGGAGUUAUCCUUAUGAUACGGAGAAGUUUUGGGAACUAUACGCACCUCAUGCAAUGAAGAUAAAGGUUGUGUUCGAAGAUUUCGACAUAGAAUAUCAUCCAAAUUGUGCCUGGGACAACGUCAGCCUUGUUCGUUCCAAAUGUGAACACUUGACAGCUUUUCAGACCUGGGAUGUCGUCCUCUGCGGCCCCUUGCAAGCAAACACGUUCGAUUUCGAUAGUUCUCCUAUAUGCAUGAUGUUCACCUCUGAUUGGUAUAUCAACAAACGCGGAUUCAAAGCUCAUGCUAUCGCAAUACCAGAUUCUUCAGACAACAAGACUCUCAUUUCAACAUCUACUGCCUCCACAUCAAGUGUGUCUACAUCCAGUGUCUCCACUUCCAGCGCCUCCACAUCAAGUGUGUCUACAUCCAGGGCCUCCACAUCAAGCUCUUCCACAUCCAGUGUGUCUACAUCCAGUGCCUCCACAUUCAGCGCCUCCGCAUCCAGUGACUCCACAUCCAGUGUGUCCACAUCCAGUGCCUCCACAUCCAGUGCCUCUCCAUCAAGCGACGCUACAUCCAGUGCCUCUACAUCAAGUGGCUCCAAAUCCGAUGCCUCCAGAUCCAGUGUUUCUACAUCAAGUGCAUCGACAUCCAAUGCUUUUACAAGUUUUUCAAAAACGAUUGAAAUCAGUUCAUCAUCAAGUACACCACAGCACAACAUUUUCAGCUCAAGUGCAACAUUAGAUAAUACGUCUCAAAAGUCAUCAUUGACAGCCUCACAACCACAAACACCACCAUCACUAUCGUUGUUUUCAUCAUCAUCAUCGUCGUCACCACAACCACUACCACCACAAACAUCAUCAUCAUCAUCAUCGUUAUUGUCGCCAUCACCACCACCACCACCAGAAACAUCAUCAUCAUCAUCGUCAUCGUCGUCGGCGUCAUCAUCAACAUCACCACCACCACAAAUAUCAUCAUCCAGAACAUCAUCAUCAUUGCCAGGACAGUCGAAAUCAACAGCAGCAACAUCUAUGCUAUCUAUGGAUGUCGUAAUGUGUGAAUUUAUUCCGUCAAGUAUAGAUAUUGGACCUGUACACAAAGUAGUGGUAUUGUCGCCGAAAGAUGAAAAUGGAGAUUACUAUCCUCGUAAUAAGCACUGUGCCUUGACUCUAAACAAUCCUCAAUUACAGGAUAUGGACAUAGAGUUCAAACAUUUUGAGAUAGAAAAUAGUCAUGGAUGUGGCUACGAUUAUCUGGAGAUAAAAGAAGGAGAAGAAACACCAUACCGUCUAUGUGGCACAACUAUACCAGACCCAUGGAGUACGAAAGCAGAAACGAUAAAACUUGUUUUCCAUUCCGACCAAUUCAUUCGGUUUAAAGGAUUUGAAAUGGAAUUUACAAAACUAUCGUAUGCUUUGACUACAAAAUACAGUUCACUCAACGAAACUGCAGGACAAACAGAAGCAACUUCUUCUAUUAAUGAAAGGUCAUCACAAGCCACCGCUCCUGGAAACGGAACAGAUGGUGCAAAGGAAACUACUUUUGUUGUAAAUGAAAGUUCAUCGACGGACAUUCCUUCCUCAAAAGGAACAGAUGCAUCAUUUACAAAGACAACGUUACCGGCUUUCACUUCAUCUACACAAAAGACAGAAGAAGCAACGUCAUCCAUAACAACGACACAGUCAUUAUCAACAAGUUCAUCUUUAAGAUCAUCAACUAAAACGUUUACAAAAUCAACUGUAUUUACAACUUUAAUCUCUAAAUUACAGUCAUCACAAUCAUGGAAAGCCACAUCAUCUGCAGUUAAAACUGAAUCAAAUGAAAAAGCAUCAACAUCUGUGUCAAAGGAAUCUUGGCCCUCAUCAACAUCGACAUUAAAAGACACUAAAUAUUCUUCUACAAGCCAAUUACCGGAAAGUAUUUUCAGUACAAAGCCCCUGGGCUCAUCACUUUCGUCACAAUCACUGUCAUCAGUAAUAUCAUCGUCAAAAGCAACAAUGCUGCCGCCAGCGAAAACAGAAAUAUCAACAAAACCUCAAACCUCUGUAUCAUCAACGGCGUCUUCGACACCAUCAACAAUAGCAUCAGUGACAUCAUUCUUAUCUUUGUCUUCAUCAACUUCGCUAGAAACAGCAUCAGCAACAGUCAAACCUACAUCAUUAUCACAAAUAUCAUCGACAGCAUCUACAGUGUUACUAUCGACGACAGCAAUAUCUAUGCUAUCUAUGGAUGUCGUAAUGUGUGAAGUUUUUCCGCCCAGUAUAGACAUUGGGCCUUUACACAAAAUAGUUGUACUGUCGCCGAAAGAAGAAAAUAAAGAUUAUUAUCCACUUAAUAAGCACUGUGCCUUGACUCUAAACAAUCAUCAACUACAGGAUAUCGAAAUAGAGUUCAAACUUUUUGAGAUAGAAAAUGGUCAUGGAUGUGGUUACGAUUAUCUGGAGAUAAAAGAAGGAGAAGAAACACCAUACCGUCUAUGUGGCACAACUACACCAGACCCAUGGAGUACGAAAGCAGAAACGAUAAAACUUGUUUUCCACUCCGACCAAAUCAUUCGGUUGAAAGGAUUUGAAAUGGAAUUUUCAAAAAGUUCGUAUGCUUUGACUACAGAAUCCAGUUCACGCAACGAAACUAAAAGGCAAACAGGUUCAACAGAAGCAACUUCAUCUAUUAAUGAAAGGUCAUCACAAGCUACCACUCCUGGAAACGUCGUAACAGAUGGUGUAAUGGAAACUACUUUUGUUGUAAAUAAAAGUUCAUCGACGGACAUCCCUUCUUCAAAAGGAACAGAUACUACAUUUAUAAACACAAUGUUAACGGACUUUGGUUCAUCAACACAAAAGACAGAAGAAGAAACACCAUUCAAAACAACGACACAAUUACAAUCAACAAGUUCAUCUUUACGAUUAUCGACUAAGACGUUUACAACAUCAACUGUUUUUACAAUUUUAAUCUCUAAAUUACAGUCAUCACAAUCAUGGAAAGCCACAUCGUCUGCAACUAAAACUGAAUCAACUGAAAAAGCAUCAACACCUGUGUCAAGGGAAUCUUGGCCCUCAUCAACAUCGACAUUACAAGACACUAAAUAUUCUUCUACAAGCCAACAACCGAAAAGUAUUUUCAGUACAAAGCCUCAGGGCUCAUCACUUUCGUCACAGUCACUGUCAUCAGUAUUAUCAUCGUCAAAGGCAACAAUGCUGCCGCCAGCGAAAACAGAAAUAUCUACAAAACCUCAAACAGCAUCAGCAACAACGCACACACCUUUGUCUGAUACGUCACCAACAAUAUCAACAUCAACUAAGUCAACAACAGUCAUUCAAUCUUUAGAUGUCAUUAUUUGCGAGUAUGCGGAAAGCAGUUUAGAUGCCUUAUAUAUGCGUAAAAUAGACAUUCGGUCACCGAAAGAUGACAACGACGGCGAACGAUAUCCUGUAGAUAAAUACUGCGAGUUAUUUAUAGAUAAUAAGCAGCAUCUGGAUGUCGAUAUCGUAUUUCCGAAGUUUGAUAUUGAAUAUCACCCUGAAUGCGAAUGGGACUAUCUACAGUUGAAAUUUGGGGACAAACUUCCAAUUACCAUGUGUGGUAGUCAUUCUCCAGAAAAUCUAACUACAAGUGAAAAUGUAAUAGAAAUUGUAUUCCAUUCGGACCAUAUUGUGCCAUUAAGUGGUUUCGAGAUGCAAUUGACUAUUCAUUCAAAUUCUAUGGAAGACGAGACUCAGCCAGUAUUACAUUCCACCACUUUGUCAAGUACAAGACAAAAUAGCUCAGAUUCAACUAUUCACGUCACACCCUCAACAUCUACUGCCACCGAGAAUUUUUCAACAACAUUGUCAUCUUCAUCGUCAUCUAUUGCUAAAGAACCAACCACAGUUUCUGGCGGAUUUCUGAUGAAAGAAGAUGAAGUUUUAAUGACACCAGACAUUUCCGGUUCAACUGAGAUGACGACAGCUGAACAUAGUGUAAUGUCUGCAGCGAGUGAAACAACAACCAAAACUCCAACUAAAACAAAUACACCAUCCUCAACUAUUACAUAUACAAAAAAAUCGACACUAAAAUCUGCACCAGAAAAUACGCAUCCAGAAUCUACUAAUGCAGUGUUAAAUUUCACAACUACCACACAAAAAAGUACAAGCAACGAAACAAAUACAUUCUCUUCGAGUGAAAAGUCAUUAAUAUCAACGACAAAAGGAGCAAAAAGUAACUCACCCGUCGGAUCAACAGCAACAAAACCAUCUAGUGUUGCUUCCAAAGAAACAGCUUCAGAAAUAUCUCCAUCCCUGAAACCAACAACCCAAAGUGACGCUUAUUUAUCAACUGCUGAAAAUAAACAGACAACGUUGUCUUCAGCUCCAACAAAUACGCCUUCGAACAAAUAUGAGCUCUCAACAUCUACCGUUAACACUCCCGAGUCUGCUCCAACAGGCUCUUCUGUUACUAGUUCUACUGCCGCUCCUGAAGACGCAUGCUCUCUCGAGAUGAUGCCAGCAGUUAUGGAUGAAGAGUUUGGUUAUAUCAGCUCACCCGGAUUUGAUGACAAUGAUGAGUAUCCAGCAGGUAGUACCUGUCAAUGGGUAAUAAAAGGAGAAAUAAAUAAGGUUACAAUGGUUAUAUUCAAAUAUUUUGAUAUCGAGAGUAGUAAUGGAUGUAUAUUUGACAGUUUAGUAUUUUAUGAAACAUCAAACAACGGAGAAGCACCAAAAAUAUUAGCAAAUCUAUGUGGGAGCAAUAUUCCUGGGACAUUUUCAACUAAUAAUAGUCUUCUAGUCGAAUUCAAAUCAGACUCGAUGCAACAACGUGCAGGAUUCAGAUUCCAGUUCAUAAGAGUCCAGUCGGUUUCCGGUAUGACACACUCGUGUCCACCGGGGAAGAUUCCAUGUGCAUCAAGCGGUGUAUGUAUACCGGUGGAGUGGUGGUGUGAUGACAGUAUAGAUUGCAACGACAAUACGGAUGAAAUGUACUGCCCAAAGUGUCUAGAUGACCAGCUACAAUGUGGAGAUGGUGUUUGUCUAAGUAUGGCAAAUCGCUGUGAUGGAAUCCAACAAUGUUCAUAUGGCACAGAUGAACAAGGCUGUGUCUCAGAAUCACAAAUAGAGGUCGAGAACUCCAUGCAAGUAAAUAUAAAUGGUGCCUGGCUCCCUCUUUGCUAUGGCAACGCCACAAUUGAAAUGGGUGAUGACAUUUGCAAAGCUGCUGGAUACAGGUCAGUGGAACAGCUGACGGGAGAAACGGUACAAGACCAACAGUUAUUCUCUGUAGCUAUAUCGGAAUCAGGCAAUCUGACAUUCAACAAGAGUUCAGCGUGUCAAGGCCAAAAAAUUGUUCAUCUUCAAUGCUCUGAUUCAGAAUGUGGUAGGAAAGGGGAGCGCCAUAGAAAGAAAAGAAUCAUAGGAGGUUCUCUAUCUAGUAAAGGGGAAUGGCCUUGGAGUGUGGCUAUUCGGUCGGGAAACAGUGCAAUAUGUGGAGGGUCAGUCAUAGACAGCAUGUGGAUACUUACAGCUGGACACUGCGUUAAGGAUUUGGUGGACAAUCCGCAGAUCUUGUCAAUUGUAGCUGGAGUGAAUGAUAUCAAUGAUGCUGACAGGCAAAUUCGUUACGUAUCCGAAGUUGUUCUUCAUCCGAAUUACCACUACAUUUUCAAUGCAGACAUCGCUGUCCUUCGUUUACAACGGCCCCUUAACUUUGACAAUCAUACCAAGUCAAUAUGUCUUCCUUGGGACAAGAGGCAGUUUUCUCCAUCAGACCUUUGUUAUGUUACUGGUUAUGGGGUGUCUGAUAUGAAAGAUUACUAUACGACAGUCACGCCAAAGUUUCUAAGACACGUUAAAACAAAAAUUAUCGACUUAGAUAAAUGUAAAGACAUAUACUCCACCAGAUAUUCCAAUAGUGACAGGAUAAAAGACAACAUGUUGUGUGCGGGUUAUACUAGUAGCGGAAUGGACGCUUGCAAAGGCGACUCUGGCGGGGGUCUCAUGUGUAGAACUACAGACGAUCGUUGGCUGUUGGCUGGUGUGGUAAGCUGGGGUGACCUGUGCGGUAGCACAAACCGACCAGGUGUCUACACUAAUGUCGUUUCCUUCAUGGACUGGAUUGCCGAGACAACCACUCCAAACGGGGUUAAAAAUGUAACGUGUGAUUUUGAGACCGAUGGUUGGUGUGGUUACACAGAUAUCUCCACAGGAAGUUACGUCUGGACAAGAAAACCUGGCGACAAAUACAUCAAAGGCACUAUACUGCAUGCAACAAGAACAUAUUCGACAGGAAACAAUGGACCAGUAAACGCAUCGCUUUUGACACCAACUUUCAAUACCCAGGGAGAGGCAUGUUUGUCAUUUUCGUUUAUGUUUAGUGGCAACUCGAACAUUACCCUAUCAGUAUUUGGAAUAGAGGAGAAAGACUUUGAGGAGCAUGAAUCAGAGCUUCUUUGGAGAAUAACAAGUCAUUAUCCAGCAAAAGAUUCUUGGAAAUCGACGGAAGUCACUGUGCCUAUUACAUACAACCGUUUAAUGUUUGUAUCAUUAAGUGAACAUGGCGGUAUAAUUGGUCUUGGUCUCGACAACAUUUCACUGUCAACAGGACAGUGUGUUGGAUUAGAAUUUCUGUCUUGCAAAUUUAAUGAUGGAAAUACUUGUAGCUACGAACAACACGGUGGUCUUAAUUCCAAUACCUGGACUAUCACACCGGAAGUUACAGUAGCAGCAAUGCAGGGCAAACAAGAUUUUUAUAUAAAAGCAGGCGGAGAUUUCAAUACGUUUGGAUACCUUGCCAUGUCGCAGCUAGUCUCGCCUGAGUUAGGUUAUGAAUUUACUUCCAUACCACACUGUGUGGCUUUCUCAUUUAAUAAAAAGACACAAACAAAAAAUGAUCUUGUUCUAGCAACAUAUGUAACUAUAGGCAGUCAGAUGACCAAUCAGAAAAUAUUUUGGAGCUCAGAAGACGCAGAGGUAGAACAAUGGAGAUCAGUCCGUACUACGAUACACAAUGGUAUAUAUGAUCAUAUUGUCUUUGAAGUUCAAAGGAAAGAGUUUACAUUUGAAAAUAUAGAAAUUUUACUGGACGAUAUCCAUGUCACAGAUGGAGUAUGUGUUACAUAGGAGACAAUAGCAAAAGGCUUGUUCAAAAUUCACUGAACACUUUUCUUGCUUAAAAGCACGAGUGAAAAUUUCGGUAGGUGGACGCAAAGUUAGGCAGUGGACAUCAGAAAAUAGCUCUGAUUGGUUUCAUGUGUUAGUUGUGAGCUACUACAAAGAUAAUAUUCGUGUAGAUUAGAAAGCAUAAGUUACCAAAGAAAUAUUUCUGUGGAUCGUCAAAUCUAAAAACGAGGUAUAGUUAUAUAGAAGUUGGUAAUAAUCCUGAUCCACGAGAUAUAGUAACCUAACGAUUGGUGAUAACCUUGAUGUAUGAGAUAUAGUAACAUCAAGCUUAUCCUGAUCCACGAGAUUUAGCAAUAUUAAUUUUGAAGAUAGUCUUGAUAACGUAAAGGUUGUUGAAAUCUUGAUCUACGAGAUAUAGCAAUAUCUUGAUUUGGCGAGAUCUGCAAAAGCUAGGUUGUCAUAACGGGCGUUUAUUGCAUCUUUUAUGUAAUGAUAGGAGGCAAAUCGGUAGUAUUACAACUGAAAAACAACUGAUCAAAAUAAAGCAUUUUAAAUUUCAGUUACAGUAAACAUGCCCGAAGUAAUAUAGAAAGCAUUGAUCUCUACUGCACUAAUGUUUAAACAGCUUUUGCUUCCUCGAAGACAGAAAAUGAAUGUAGUUGUGUAAUAGGUUACUUUUAUACUAACGAUAGAAUGUGAUGAUACACAACGCUCAUGUAGAUUGAAGAAUAAAUAUAAUUGUAAUAGUAGUAACUCUUUCUGCUGGUCUAACACGUGUUUUACCAGCUAUUCAUUCAAAUUAAUUGUUACCUCGUCGGAAUGUCUUCAGUCUGUAGUAACUAAACUGAAGAAAGACUGGACUAAAGGCCACGGUGUUAGAUACAUAAUUUGUAUACUGUAUUUUCCAAGCAGUAUGACACGGCCAUCAGCUGGUUUUUGAUGUUACUAUAUCGAAUAUAAUGUAAUAAAGGUUGAACAUAACGCUUGGAGUGACGAAAGUUGACUAAAGGGUCAAGAAAUUGUGUUGUCAAAUUGGUUGUGCAUUACAUUGUUAAAUGUGUUGUAUUGAUAUAUACAAUAUGUCCUCUCUGGUCAUUGUAUCUAUUUAUUAUCCUGUCCUAUAUCAAGCACAUUUUUGUAUCUGUUAAAAGUGUAUCUGUUAAUCUGUUAAGUAUUUUGGUUUCAUUUUCAACACAAUUUAUGAUAUUUUCUGUAGAAUUGUUAUCUUGUUAAUGCAUAUGCAAAUUCAUUUAUUCAAACUGUAUCAUCGUAAUUGUGAGCGAAACAUAUGCACCCUCUUUCAAACUGUGAUGGCAGAUAGUGCAAUACCAAUGGAAGCUUUAAUGUAGCUUGUUAAAGAAUGUCGCAUGACCAAAUCAAAGUAUAGGAACCUCUGAGGCAUCAACAUUAAAUACAAAUUUAUUGUGACACGUUAAACAACGUUAUUUUAUAAUAGAAUAAAGGUCAUGUUAUCAUUUACACUCGGGUUAAUUUAUGUUUGUCUUGUUUAUUGUUAUUGUUUUGUUUGUUUAGAGAUUUUAAGUUUUAUUUAGCCAUUUUCUUUCAGAAGUAUGUUGUUAAACUGUAUACUUAUAUUUUAAUAUUUUCUAAUUUGCACGUUCUUCAAGAACAUAUGUAAAUAUAUACAUGAAAUAUGCGGAUUGUGUUCUGUUCAAGUUUUUAAAUAUUAUAUAUUAAAAACUGGUUACUGCU